GUAAAAGAAGACGGUGAAGAGCUGUGGCGCGCUGCGGGGAUGUGUUGUUAUGUAGUUGGGUAAAGUGAAGCUGCUGUUUAUUUAAUUAUUAGAGGAGCUGAUUAGUUGGGUCUGUCUAUGCGCUUUAUAGCCCAGUCCUCUGCUGUCUGUGUCGUGGUGUCCGCGGCGAGGCUGCAGGAUGCCUGUUCUCUCUUUAAGAGGAGUUAAUGUGGAUUUCCCUUUCACUCCGUAUCCAUGUCAGACGGAUUACAUGAACAAAGUCAUUGAAUGCCUGCAAAGCAAGGUAAAUGGAGUCCUUGAAAGUCCAACAGGUACAGGGAAAACCCUGUGUCUGCUUUGUGCGACUCUUGGCUGGAGGGAAUACUUCAAGGACUCCAUAUCUGCUCGCAAGAUUUCAGAGAAGAUGGGAGGUGCCGAGCUUUUUCCUGACAGGCCCAUGUCUUCAUGGGGAACAGCAGCAACUGACGGAGACGUCCCAGCAUAUUACACAGAUAUACCCAAAAUCAUCUAUGCAUCCAGAACACAUUCUCAGUUAACGCAAGUCGUCAGUGAGCUGAAGAACACAGCUUACAGGCCAAAGGUUUGUGUUCUGGGGUCCAGAGAACAACUUUGCAUCAACCAAGAAAUAAUGAAGCAGGAAAGCAACCACAUCAAGGUCCACAUGUGCCGAGCCAAAGUUUCGACCCGCUCAUGUCUCUUCUAUAACAAUGUUGAUGAGAAGAGUACUGACAAAGACAUCAUGAACUCUAUCCUGGAUGUUGAAGAUCUUGUGAAAACUGGUAAAAAGGAAAGAGUGUGUCCAUAUUAUCUUUCCCGCUCUCUGAAGCAGCAUGCUGAUCUCAUAUUCAUGCCGUACAACUACCUGCUGGAUCCAAAGAGUCGCCGGGCACACAACAUAGAGCUUAAAGGAGCCGUUGUCAUUUUUGAUGAGGCACACAAUGUGGAGAAGAUGUGUGAAGAGUCCACUUCAUUUGACCUAACGCCUUAUGACUUGACCUCAGCCAUUGAUGCUGUGGACAAGCUUCUGAGGGAGCAGGCCUCAGAUAUUGGAAAAGGAGACUCUUCAGAGGAUUUUAAUGUCGAGUCUCUAAACUCAGGACUGAAACUGGACAUCACAACAAUUGCUAAAAUAAAACAAAUUUUAAUGGACCUGGAACUUACUAUAAAUAGUUUUGAGAUGCCCUCAAAUAACCAGGGAAUUACCAAGCCUGGCAGCUACAUUUAUGAACUUUUUGAAAAGACACACGUAAACUUUGACACGAAGACUGCGAUUGUGGAGGCAAUGGAGCAGAUCACUGGAUAUCUGGCAGGAAAGCCUGGUAUCUUUCUCAACACCAGCGGACUGCAGAAGGUUGCAGAUAUAAUCCAGUUGGUGUUUGUAGUGGAUCCUGCAGAGGGCAGUAAGAAAUCACAGAUGGUGAACAGCAUGAAGCAGUUUAAGGUACACAUCCAUCCAGACACAAGCAACUUCAAAAAGAAGCAGAGCACCGACGUGUGGGCAUCUUCUUCUGCGAAGAAACAAGGGAAUGUGUUGAGCUACUGGUGUUUCUGUCCGGGCUUCAGCAUGCAAGAGUUGCUCAGACAGGAGGUGCGCUGCAUCAUCCUGACCAGCGGGACUCUUUCGCCACUUUCGUCUUUCACCUGCGAAAUGCAAAUCCCCUUUCCUGUGAGUUUGGAAAACCCUCAUGUCAUUCAGAAGGACCAGAUUUUCGUCAGCAUUGUUGACAAAGGGCCGGACGGAGUGCAGCUCAGCACAGCUUUUGACAAGAGGUUUGUUCCUGAGAACAUGGCGUCCUUAGGAAAUACUAUUGUAAAUCUGAGUCGAGUAGUUCCACACGGCCUGCUGGUGUUCUUUCCCUCAUACCCUGUAUUGGACAAGACUCUGGAAUUCUGGAGGGCGAAUGGCCAUGCUGACCGCAUAGAGAAUAUGAAACCCAUGUUUGUAGAACCCAGAGGGAAAGGCACAUUUACAGAGGUGAUUGAUGGUUUUUAUGACAAGGUGAAUGAUCCAAAGUCAAAUGGAGGGAGUUUCUUUGCUGUAUGCAGAGGAAAGGCCAGUGAAGGAUUGGACUUUGCGGACACCUACGGCCGUGGGGUGAUCAUCACCGGUCUGCCCUUCCCUCCGAGAAUGGACCCGAGGGUAGUGCUGAAGAUGCAGUAUUUGGAUGAGAUGUGCAGGAACAAAUCCAGUGGCAAGAAGUAUUUGUCUGGGCAGGAGUGGUACAGGCAGCAGGCAUCACGCGCUGUGAACCAGGCCAUUGGCAGAGUAAUCCGCCAUCGCGAGGAUUACGGAGCGAUAUUCCUCUGUGACCACAGGUUCAAAAAUACAGAUGUUCGAGCUCAGCUUCCUUCUUGGGUCCGGCCUUAUGUCAGGAUGGAUAACUUCGGCACUGUGGUUCGCGAUGCUGCUCAGUUUUUCCGGGUUGCACAGAAGCUUAGACCAGUUCCCCAGAAGAAGGUGAAAAAGGCAGAGCGUGAGAAUUGCUCAGUUCCAGACACUUGCCAGAGUGGAGGAGGCAGUCGUCCAGCUCAGAGUGCCUGGCAGAGUAGCUCCUCUCUGAAAGCCAAAGUACUGGACUCUCAUGUUCCCAGCCUAAAGAGGAGGAGACUGGAUGAACACUCUGGGAGAGAUGGGACAGCUGGGCUGUGUAUUCAGUAUGAGAUGGAGAUGAGCUCCACCAAAAAGAAGCCUCUGAGUCUACUUGAUGCCCUGGACAACAGUGACCCGAGGUCAGGUGAAGGGGACGACAUGGUUGGAGAGGAGAGGGCAAGUCGCUUGUCAACACUCUCUUUACAACAUGAUAAACGCAUGGAUGAUGAAUGCAGGGGUGGGAAACGCAAAAUCAGAGUAGUACAAGAUCGGAAACCUGUAGAAUCCAGUGCUGCAGGCAAAGGCAAGGCCUUCAUGGUGGAGCUGAAGAGACAUUUGAGCCAAGACAGUUUCACGAAGAUCAUGCAUGCGCUCCAGGUGUACAAGGCCACUGAUCACCUUGAUGACCUUGUGGCGAAAGCAGCAGAUCUCCUUUUACAAGACCCCAACACACACCGUCUGCUUAGAGGGCUCUACCAGUUUAUUCGACCACACCACAAGAAGCAGUUUGAUGAGAAGUGUCAGGUGCUUACAGGCCAGGGCUGUGGCUACAAGCAUGAGCACUCGCUCUCAAGGGAAGAGAGGGAAACCCUCAGACAACAAACAGUAAAAGCGGAAACUACUGAAAAAGCCACAAUCAAAGAACUAGACUCGAGCAAACAACUGAAUCAAGGCGGCUCUCAUUUGGGAACACACAAUUUGUGUGGUGUGGGUGCAGUGAAGGAUCAGAAACCACAGAAGCCACAGACGUCAGGAAAAGAUGGCCAGUUCAGCGCUACCCUUCUGUCCGACAUUAAAAAAGCUAUUGGUUCUGAAAAAACCAAUCAACUAUUUAUAGCGUUGCAGACGUACAAGAAAACAAAUAAUUAUGAGCAGAUGGUAUCAACAGUUGUGGGAUUGCUGACAGAGCGGGACGAAGACAUUGUCCUUUUAAGACGGUUAUCUGUGUUCAUCCCGCCACACCACAGUCAGCAGUUCUCUGAGAUGUUAAAGUCUUUGACUGGCAGUGCUUCAGUGACCUGUGAAGAAUCAGAAGAAGCUUCCAGUCACCCAGUUCCAGCAUCACAACUCUCAGCAGGAAAAUCACAGAGCAAGAUAUCAUCCUUCUUCUCCUGACCAGGGGAAUCCAGCCAGACAUACUGAUUUGUUUGGUUAAAAGUAGAAAUACCAUCCGAUAUGCAGAUUAAUUAGGAUUAAGUGAACUCUUUCUCUAUCAGAAUGACAAAAAAAAGCAGGAUUUGUUUUGGUUGUUUAUGUAAUGUUUCAUUGACCAAAGAUGAAAAAUUAUGUAUGAUUUAUGCUAUCUUAACUAUUUUAAUAAAAACAAUGGUAUUUGUGUUUUUUCAAAUUUAUAUUAAAAUAUAUAUUUGUACUUA